CCCUGUCAUUGUUCAUGAAGACUCCUGCUGCUUCUGUACAUUUAACCGUCCAAGAGUUGCUUAUGUCAUGUUAGUGAUACUUAAGGGAAACACAGUUGCUGUGUUACUAUCAGCAUGCUGUCUACUGGAACAUUUCAGUCCAUUUCAGAUAAAAAUCAUCAUUGAGGGGUAUUACCCACCAAGGCAAGACAAGGACAAGAGAUGGGUCAUCACUCCAGUCUCGUCAAAGUUCCAGGUAUUGGAGGAUGCGAUGUUUCAAAGGAAGGAGUCGUCCUUGAUGUUCUUGGAAGGAGUUGGUCGCACAGAGAGCGGUGAACUCGUUGCCAAACCUGGGGUGCACUACGACAAAUGCGCACUUUUCGACCAAACGUCCUUGGAGGUUUGGUUAUGGAAGUUGCUGGUCAACGAUAGAAGGGUCCAUUUCGUCCAAAAGGUGGGUUCACAGGCAGACGAGUAUCACGGGGACACCGUCAUACUCGAAACGCACACUCAAGUGAGAAACUUGAUUAACAAAUCCCGAACAAGGGACGACUCAUUGCAAUCUGUCCGCUGGCUCGGGGUUGAUAAUGGGCUACGGUUACCGCAUAAGGUGAAACUAAGCCCAAGGAAAAAAUUACAGAUUGAACAGAAGAACGGCAUAAUAAAGUCGGUGUGUGAUGAUCAAUUGGCUUGUGCCAUGGAUACCGCAAUGUAUAUGAAGUCUGUUGUUGAUCAACAGGUUAGUGCCAUGAGAUGGGCAUCGCUCUGACCAGGGCCAAAGGACAUAUUAAAGACAACAUCUAACGCUAUCAACUAAUGCAAACUAGCUUCAUCAGACUCUCUUCAAUUAACAUAGUCACGAGUCACAUGUAUAUACACGACAAAUAGUUAGUAAACAAUGCCUUAACGAUAUCGGAAA